CCGCACCGUCCCUGCUCACAAAGUCAUGCCACGACAUUGACUUUCUCCUCUGGAUGCUCAGCGCGCCCGCGCAAGCCGGCGAGAAGGCGCACCAGCCGGCCUUCCUGACGUCGACGGGCCGGCUGAACUUCUUCCGCAAGUCCAGGAAGCCCGCGGCGGCAGGCACGGCGACCAACUGCCUGUCCUGCCCGAUUGAGAAGGAGUGCAUGUACAGCGCCAAAAAGAUCUAUGUCGAGCGGCACUUGCGCAACGGCAACGCCAAGUGGCCGGUCAAGAUAGUGAAUCCCGAGAUCGAAGACUGCCUCGCCGCCCAAGGCCUCGAGGCGGCCGAGGAGAAGCUCGUGCGGGACCUCGGUGAGGACUACACGGCGGCGACGCCCGAAGGGCAGGUGCGGUCGCGGCCGUGGUUCGGGCGGUGCGUGUGGGAGGCCGACAAUGACGUCUGCGACGACCAGAGCGUGACCAUGACCUGGGAGGAUGGCGACGAGGGCGGGCGCGGGGCCAAGACGGCGCAAUUCCACAUGGUUGCGUUCACGGCGAAGAUCUGUGAACGACGUGGCCGCAUCUACGGAACAAAGGGCGAGGUCGAGUACGACAGCACGAGCAUCACGACUCAUGACUUUGCAAGUGGCCGCAGCGAGACACACCACCCGGAGUUGCGGGGUGGUGGUCAUGGCGGGGGCGAUGAGGGCUUGGCCACGCAGUUUGUGUUGGCGGUUGCAGCGGUCAAAGAGGGGAAACUGGGGGCGGCCGAGGCGCAGCAGAAGUUCAUCGGGUGCACGCUGGAAGAAGUCAUCCAGAGCCACGCCAUGGUCUUUGCGGCGGAAGAGGCUCGGAGGCAGCGGAGCGUCGUGAGCUGGCCGCUAUGGUGGCAACGGAAGGUGCUAGACAAGCUGCACAGUACGUAGUCGAAGAGAGAGCGUCGGGGUCUCGAAUCGCUCGCUACUCGGACAUGAAGCACUGCACACUUUACGAGACGCGGACCGAAGGCGCACUCUAGACUGUUGGAUGCGGAUGAGGGUCCAGCAGAGCGAUUCGCCUCUAGCAAACACAGAGCACCGGCGGCCCAAGGCGCCAGGCGAUCCACAGUCCCGUGAGUCCCAACGAGGCGCUUGAUGCUCGCUCCGAUCAGCCGAGCACGUCGCCAUGACACGAUGGAACGGGUUGCCACGGCCUUUGACCUGAGCUGGCUUUUCGGAUCGGCACCGUCUGUGUGCACGAUGGAAGCAUGCUUGGGAGGGUUGGGGAAAGCGGGCGCUUAGGGACAUUGCAGCAUGUUCACUAGAGCCGCAGGCGCAUGUGCAGGCGUCGUUCCGCAGGCGCGGCUACGGAGGGACAAAGGCCGUGACCAUGGCCGCGUCGUCGGGA